CUUCCUCUUUUCUGCCCUGCUCCAGGCGCUGGGCUGUCCCCUCAGUGCCUAGGAGCAGGGGACGGCAGCACCAUGGCCCCCCGCGCGGCUGCCGCCCGCCACACCUGCUGCUGCUUCAACGUCCGCAUCGCCACCACCGCCCUGGCCGUCUACCAUGUGAUCAUGAGUGUAUUGCUGUUCAUCGAGCACUCGGUGGAGGUGGCCCACGGCAAGGCCUCCUGCAAGGCCUGGCAGACAGGCUACCUCAGGCUCGCCAACCUGAUCUCCAGCUUCCUGCUCAUCACCAUGCUCUUUGUCAUCAGCUUGAGUCUGCUGAUUGGAGUGGUCAAGAACCGGGAGAAAUACCUGCUGCCCUUCCUGUCCCUGCAAAUCAUGGACUUCCUGCUGUGCCUGCUCACCCUGCUGGGCUCCUACAUCGAGCUGCCCUCCUACCUCAAGUUUGCCUCCCGGAGCAGCCGGGCGGGCACCCCCAAGGUCCCCCUGAUGGCGCUGCAACUGCUGGACUUCUGCCUGAGCGUCCUGACCCUCUGCAGCUCCUACAUGGAGGUGCCCACCUAUCUCAACUUCAAGGCCAUGAACCACAUGAAUUACCUCCCCAGCCAGGAGAGUGUGGCCCACAGCCAGUUCAUCAAGAUGAUGAUCAUCUUCUCCGUCGCCUUCAUUACCGUCCUCAUCCUGAAGGUCUACAUGUUCAAGUGUGUGUGGAGAUGCUACAAAUUCAUGAAGUACAUGAACUCAGCCGAGGAGAGGAGCGGCUCCAAGGGGCUCCAGAAGGUGGUCCUGCCGACCUACGAGGAAGCUAUGUCUCUGCCAUACAAGACUCCAGACGGGGACCCAGCGCCACCCCCCUACUCGGAGGUGUGAUGUCCGCCAGGCCCCAGGCCUGCUGCUGGGAAGGGCGGAGUUAUCUCGCAAUCCGCUUCUUCUUCGCUUUGGUGGCCCCUGCGGCCGCGGGGUGAACU